CUCUGGGAUCCGGCCGGAAAUUCACGCUGGAAGAUAGGGAAGCGACAGCAGCCCUCUCCCUGGGCUUGCCUCUCCUCCCUGCCCCCGGAGCCCUGAAACUGAUAUGCCAACUGAAAUCGCCCGGGCUGUGAGAAUGCAGGCCGUCUCGGACUUCCACUCCUCGGUGACAGCUCGGCUCCUGAACAAGGGGCCCGACUACCUGCGCAGGAAGAUGGAAGGGAGCGGGCCGGCCAGGAUCAGUGCCGUCGAGAGGCUGGCGGCCGAUAAGGCCAAGUACGUCAAGAGCCAGCGGGUUAUCGACGCCAAGCAGGAAGCCACCCUGCUCGUCUCCUCUUCGGAGAGCAGCUCCGAGAGCUGCUCCUGGGAAAGCAGGAAGAGCCACGGGGACCCGCGUGGGAAGCCGGACCCGGAGAGUGGAUGUCUCGGCCCCCCGGGGCAGAUCCGCCCGACCCCUUCGGCGAAAGGGUUCCCCAUCGCCCGACGGGCCUUGACCAGGAGGCCGAUGAGGCCGGACUCCCUGGUGAUCUAUCGUCAGAAAUGUGAGUUUGUCAAAGGUCAAGGGGCGGACGGUCCGAGAGGGGGCUUGGUGAAGAGGCUGCUUCAGGGGUCAGUGAAGGAGAGGCCGCCACCAUCUCCGGAGAUGCCCAAGGUCAGAGAGGAGACCAGGUCGGAGAGCGAGGAGACGGGCUCCGCCGGACCCACGGCUGCGGGCCCGAACGACCCCAUCACUGGCCCUCCCCGCACCCCCAGGCCCUCCCGGCCUUCUCCCCAACCUGGCCAGCGGGAGGGUCCCUCUCCCCCAGCCCAGGGGCCGGCCGACCUCGGGGACGGGACGAGGAGAGGUCUGCACCGCUCCCAUUCUGACAUCAGCUCCCGCUUCUCCAAGGCCUUCUCGGAGUCCGACACCUUCUUCAAGUACUGCGGCCUGGAGCCGGACGUGGUGGAGGAUCUCGGGAGGGAGAACUUCUCGGCCGUGUCCGACCACGUCUCCUUCAAGAUCCGCAGCGUGAGCGUGGUCGCCUCCGACGGCGGCUUCUCCCGCGACAGCGCGGAUGACGGGUUGUUGGAGGAAGAGCUGGCCGAGCAGGUCUCCGCGGGCCCGUCCGUCGUCGAGCGCAACGCUCGGAUCAUCAAGUGGCUGUACACUUGCAAGAGGGCCAAGGCGAAUCCUCCCCGGCCGUUGCAAGAGCUGGCGUGAAUGCCAACCCCGCUCUCCGGGAGGAAAGACGAGAAUGAAGACAUCCUCCGAUUCUGGUUACAUCGAGAAGAACUACAAACUAAAAACUCACGGGAACGUUUUCAGUUCUCUGGCUUUCAGCGAGUGCAGAAGAAAGUGUGAUUUUCCUGCCAUGCCCCAGAAGAAGGCUCCUUCCUUGGGUCAAAGGUCAAGAGGGCCCAUAAGGUCUUCAGCAGUUGGUGGAAAAAAAAAAAUCUACUGAGGAGAUGGUGGGGAAAUGACCGUAGUGAAUUAGACCCGAAGGACGAAGCUUCCAAUGACCCUCCUUAAUGGUAUCCUGGCUCGGGGAGGACAUCAAGCGCUUAGUACAGUGCUCUGCACAAAGUAAGCGCUCCAUAAAUACGAUUGAAUGAAUGAAUGAAUUUCCAGUGCAAGCCAGAAUCAGAUGUGGAGAGCGAGUUAGGGGAUUUUGCUCUUGGAAAGUCCAAGAGCGGCGGACUGAUCGACAACGGCAGAACUCAUUUGGCUGCGACUCAACCUUUGCCGAUUUCUUCCAGACUGUAGUGUGAAGUGAGUUAUUGCCACAGUACCCGCUCUGCAGUGCCAUUGAGCGUUUUGUGCCACCCCUACAGUACAGUGGUAUCUUUGAAACCACUAGGAAAUGCUUGUCCCUUUUCUUUAUUUAGGUCAAUGUCAAGGCUUAACGUCUAAGGCAGCUGUUCUUCGCUAUCCUCUUGGGCAGCCCUGAUUUUUUUGAAAAGCUAUAUUCCAAGAGCUCCAGAAAGCUAAGGAUAAACAAGGAUAAUCAGUGCCUUUAGAGAAGCAGCGUGG